AUGAAGUUUCCAAUAUUGGCCAAUAAGGGCUUUGUUGAAGCUGUCGGGAACACACCAUUGAUCAAACUAAACAGGGUAUCUAAAGAAAUUGGCAGAAACGUUUAUGGAAAAGCUGAAUUUCAGAACCCUGGCGGCUCGGUCAAAGAUCGUGCUGCCUUGUAUCUAAUCGAGCAAGCCGAGAAAUCUGGACAAAUUGAUCCGACCCGUACGGCUACCAUCGUCGAAGGUUCUGCCGGAAACACUGCCAUAGGUUUGGCACACAUCGCUAGAUCGAAGGGUUACAAAUCUAUAUUUUACAUGCCCAACACCCAAUCCGCGGCGAAGGUUAACCUGCUCAAAUAUUUGGGUGCGGAAGUCUACCCAGUGCCAGUAUGUCCCCUAUCCGAUCCUUUGAACUUUAACAACAGAGCCCGGGACCAUGCCCAGCGUCUUGAUAAUGCUGUAUGGACAGAUCAGUUCGACAACCCAGCCAACUGGCAGUCACACUAUGCUACUACUGGUCCCGAAAUUUUACAGCAGCUCCAAAGCGGCGGCCUUUCGUGUGAUGCCUUCACAUGUUCAACAGGUACUGGCGGCACGUUUACGGGGGUAGCUAAAUAUUUGAAGGAGGCUACUGAUAAUAAGGCAAAAAUGGUAGUUGCUGAUCCACCGGGGUCUGUAAUUUACUCGUAUGUCAAAACCGGUGAAAUGAAUCGAGAAGGAUCAUCUUUUACUGAAGGAAUUGGCCAAGGUCGCAUUACUCAAAACUUAAGGCAAUCUCUGGAUUUAGUUGACGAUGCAGUUUCCAUUCCUGACGAGGAAAGUAUUGUUAUGUUAUUCAGACUCCUAGAUGAAGAAGGGCUUUUCAUCGGGGGUACCACGGCUUUGAACGUUGUGGCAGCUUGUAAAGUUGCAAAAACUUUACCAGAGAACAGUAAUGUGGUCACUAUCUUGUGUGACAGUGGACAUAAAUAUGCUGACAGAGUUUUUUCAAAGAAGUGGCUACAGGAUAAGAAGCUGUACGACUGCAUUCCGGAAGCUCUGAAAAAGUAUGCAAUCCUUGAAUGA